GUGUGUGUUUGUACGGUGGCCAGUAAACAGAACAUAAAACCCGGUGUGGGGUGGUGCCGUGAACGGAGCCGCAGACUAGUCGUGGUCCAACAACGAUCACGUGCAACAGCAAACCAACCAUAUUCCAGCAGCAUCUCGGGGAUCACGGGGACCAUCAUCGUCUGGUGAUUGGUGCCAGGUUCCGCCGUUUCCCGGCGUGUCUCGAUCUCGGUCUUUCGGUCCUUUAUGAUUGCAUCGUGAAAUUAUUAUUACCAUAAUCAUCUGCCCGGCAGUGGAGUGGAGUGGUCAACCCCUUUUAGCCAGAGAAGCCAGGGACCACGAGACCAACAACCAGUUGCAGGCGACCGAACCGGAACGUAUUGAGAUCACCGGAUCCAUCAGGUUACUGCAGCACCCUACCUAGAAGCUCCCCCGUUCCGGAGCGUCCAUUUCUUGCUAGCAGUACCGGGGUGCGCAAACGCGCACCGGCCAUCACCGUCACUAUUGCGCUGCUGGAAGCAAUGCCGGGAGCCUGUCACCGGCUGCGGAUACCCUCGAUUGGUUCGAGCCGCACACCGAAGGCUCUAGUCGGUGGACCACCGUCAUCUUCGACGCCAUCGUCGUCAUCGUCAGCAUCGGCCUCGACGGCUGAUGCCGCCUGUAAUGAUGACAUUUUUAGCUGCGAUGGCGGACCGUUGUCGCCACCGGCCGGUACCGUGAAGAAGGAGCGCCAUCGCGUCACCAUGAUGGGUGCGGCCCGUGUCGGCAAAUCCUCGAUCAUCUCGCAGUUCCUGUACGAGAAGUAUCUAUCGCGAUACAAGCAAACGAUCGAGGAGAUGCACCGGGGCGAGUACGAGCUACCGGAUGGGUCGAGCCUGACGCUCGAUAUUCUCGACACGUCCGGUUCUUACCAGUUUCCGGCCAUGCGCGCCCUCUCGAUCAACACGAGCGGUGCUUUCAUUCUGGUGUACGCGGUGGACGACGAGGAAACCUGGAACGAGGUGGAACGGUUACGCGAACAGAUAAUCUCGGUGCGUGGUUCCCGGGUACCUAUCGUGAUCGUCGGUAACAAGGCGGAUGUACCGGAGGAACAGCGCCAGAUACCGUUCAAGGUGGCCCGAUCGCGUGCCCUGCUGGAGUGGGGUUGCGGUUACGCCGAGUGUUCGGCUAAAAACAACGAAGGUAUUCUGACGGUGUUCAAGCAGCUGCUCCGUCAGGCCAACAUCGAGUACAACCUCAGUCCGGCGGUUCGGCGUCGCCGGAAGUCACUGCCGAGCUAUACCGGUGGUUCCAAUCCGGCCCGGGCCAACACCACGCGCUACUACCUGAAGCGCCACUCGUGCUCGGUGCAGUGA